AUGAGCAAAGGUGUUGGGUUUGUUGAGUUUUCAACUACCGAUGAAUCUUCAGCGAUGCUCAAAAUGAAUGGGAAGAUGGUGGGGAAAAAAACUAUUUAUGUUUCAUUGGCCCAACGUAAACGUAAAGAGGAACGUAAACUUCAUCUUCAGCCUCAAUUUAGUAACGUUGUUUUACCAACUCCAAUACAAUUUCUUCAUCAACAUCCUCCGAUCUUCAGCCAAGCAGCCACUUCGACGACAGCAUUGCCUCCAUUCAGAGGAUACAACAAUUUUCAACCACAAAUCAUGUUUCCACCAAGAUUGCCAAACGGUUUCCCAACAAUGCACGUCCCUAACUUCAUGGUACCGCAACAUUUUCCACCUCCUCCGAGCGCGUUCUUGUUACCGCAAUCGCGACAGGUGGUAUGGAACCAGUACUAG